ACGACAAGCUCAGGCUUAUCAGUAUGCAUUGUCUACUAUAGAUGCGGCUUGCCUUGUUGCUGACGAUGAGUCUCUCUGGCCUGAGCUGAAUGACCCCUCACGAGUUCUCCUUGAGGCUUGCGCUGAGAGUUUUCAGCUGCGCGAUCGCGAGAAGCGUUGGCACAUCAAUCAACAUUGGUUAUCCUGCUUCACUCCUCAUUCUCCUCAAGUUCAGCGUGUAAUAUUGUUCAGCGACAACUCUAGUGCUGUUCACUGGGCGACCCAGCUUACGAUCUCUUCGAUUCGCUCCUGGGCCAUAUUCGCGAUAAAUAUGGCAUACAGUUCGAGUUUCGCUAUAUUGAAGAUGCUUAUGGACUGCUUAUUUUCCCUUAUAAGACCGCCUCGAGCCAUCGUUGUCUUCGAUCUUUGUGGAUUAACGAACACACCUUGACUCCGGAGACUGGUUCUUCCUCUGAGACCUAACUGCUGUGGGUAACAUGACUCGAGAAGAUGUCAUUGUUCAUCUCC